GAGGGUGGCACCAAGGCCAGGCAGCUCCGGUCAGGCCCUCCCAGGGGCGGGACCUGCAACAAAUCGGCCCGGAGUCGCCCCCAGGCCACGCCGAGUGGGUGCCGCUGCUGGCGACUCUCGGCGGGACCCCGACGCUGGCCAGGGGCGAGAUCCAGCAGCUCGGCCAGGAAACGCGCCGGACACGAGGACUGAGGUGGUCAGCUGAUGCGUUGAGGAGGUGGCGGAAGAGGCAGUUCUGAGCUGGUAUGCGGGCCUCCUGUUAUCUGUAGGGGAGAGUGCAAGGCGUGCUGUUUUGAUACCACAGUCUCCUCCGACGCUUUGCAGGGAGCAGUGGAAGACCUGUCUUUGCUGACCUUUAACAAGUACCUAGAGGGGAGGCCUUGCCCUACCUCAGAGGAACCAUGGAUCGUGGGGUUGUGGUCGAAAACCCGUAUGCCAGUGUGAGCAUCCCCCGAGCGCAGCUGAAGGACAGUUUUCUGAAGUACUAUUUGGGUGAAGACCUGACUCCGGACACGGUCCUCUUCAACCCCAGCACACUGCCCACUUAUACAGCCACCCAGAACAAAGACAGUGAUGUGAGCCAGCAGAUGGCCUAUGCUGGAUGGAAUGAACAGAAAAUCCAGACCCACGAGACGUGGGCCAGGCCAUACAAUCCCUACGCCAGCCUCAAAGCACCCAACGGAAGCUCUUUGGAGCAGUUCCACUGGAAGAACCAAGAAGUCGCAACAACUGGAAGCAACAACAGCGGGUGCUGCUGCUCUUGCUGCAGGAAGUGCUGUCCUUGUUGCCAGAAAUGCUGUUGUGUCAUUUCCUAGUUCUGCGACAUUCGCCUCUCUUUUACAACUGACAGUGCUGCUGAAUGGCCCCAUAACACUGUAGCAUUUGCACUUUAUCUCACAGUAAUUUGGUGUGACGUUACUGCUUACAAACCCAGUGCCAGUCUAUUGCUAUUUCCUGUGGGGUGAUGUAAGAAAUAGUGGAGACAAUCAGGGGAAGACAUAACAUUUUUUCCUCCUGGGCACGAAGAGUUGGCAGGAGUGUCCUUUUCCAAGGGAAGGUCCUGUGCAGUGUCAUUCUCAAUGCAAAGGAAUAUGAAAUUGCCACAGGUCUUUUCCUUGAGGUGAAGAGAAUCCACUGCUCAAGUGAUUGAGGCAGGUAUAGGAAUGCGGUACAGAAUCUAACUGUGGAGUAAGCUGCUGUUCCAUUGGGGCAAGGCAGUUGGGACACACAAAAACCGCCAUUUUGAAAAAGGGCAAAAAUCAUGAAAUGCCAGUACACCUGCACAGCUUGAAUCAGCUAUAGUAACAUUUGUGGGAGGAAUGGUUGUUUUUAAGCUUUUGUUCCAUUGUUCUUUAGAUUCUCCUGAGGCUCCAAGUCAGGACCAACCCUGAGGCAGAUGUGUUAGAAGCCUUGACUGUUGCCUGUUCUGUCAGGGCCUAGUUGACUACUGCUUUGGCUGCUGAGCUGCUGACUGGUACACGGUGGAGAAUGGCAGUGGAAGUGGACGGGUUCACCUUGGCACUGCUGGGCAACUGCUGAUUGGAUGGCAGGCUCCCAUUUUAAAUUGUAUUAUUUUAUAAGUCCUUUUCAGACAUUAGAUUUUGGCACUUCUGCCACGUGUAAUGAGAGUAUCCUACGGUAUCUGUAAUCCUCCCAAUCCUCCCAUUUAUGUGAAUGGGGACAACAUGAAUAUUUUUCUACGUGUGAACACUUUAGGAUACAUGAAUGCAUUCUCUCAACAAUCUGGGGUUGAAUUAAUGCAUACCAAUGGUGUACACAGAAGGAAAACACAUUCAGUGCUCCAUUCACACCAAAUGCCGAGUAUGUAUUGGGAUAACUGUGUGUAGAGUGCACUCCCGUUAUGCAGAGCUGGAGGGACAACAUUAAACAUCUAAAAAGGACUAUUCUCUUGCCUCUUGGCAUGAGAUUGAGGGGACAGGGAAAGUUGGCUGCAUCGGCAUUUUGAAAAAUGCAGGCCAUUGCCUGGGUCGGUUGAAUAAACACUUGAAGGAGUGAGAAA